UUUCACUAUAAUCAUGCCCUCUCUCUUCGCUCGUUCUUCGAGACAGUUUCUAAAUUUUUUCUCACAGUAGCAGCACAGUUUAUCUUCAUCUCUAUCUGCUUAUUAUCACUUCUAAAAUGGAAAAUAAUAAGGAAGGGGAGGAAACUGCUCCUUCUAGAAAUGAGUGGGAAGUCGUAUCGCUCACACAGUCGGCAUAUGCUGCUGCCCCUGAUUCAAGACAGGUUGAUCUCGUUGAUGAUAGUAGUGCAGAGUUUGUAGCUGAAACUUCUGAUCCAAUGAUUAUGUCGGGGCACUUUGGCUUUCCACCAAAUCAGCAUGAGAAUGCGGCAUUGCAACCAUCUAAUGAUGAGAUUCUCAAUGAGAAGGGAAGUGAAGAUGCUACUCCUGAAUUUGUUGCUGACAAAGGGGUUGAUUCAAAUACAGAUGAAGUGAGGCCAAAAACCAAAGGAUUGAGCACAACGGAAUUUCUUGGAGAUCAAAUGUUUGAUGAAAAGGUUAGCAUUUUAUCCUUAAGUGGUGCAAAAUUUGAAGAAGAUGCAGUCUUGCAGGGGUCAAGUUUGGUGGACAAAGAGCAGAAUUUUUUUAGUUCUACUACAUUUAGUUCUUUCCAUAGUGAAGAACCCAUGGGUGUGUCAGCAUCCACAGAGGAAAGCAAUAUGCUUGCAGAACCAGUUGAACUCGUUCACCAGGUUAUUGAUUCUGGCAUAUCUAAUUUGCCAAAGGCUAAAGAUGAAGAUAAUGAUGAUGCAGAAAAUCUUCCUUGUCAAGCCUGGUGGAAAAGGCGGGCUGUUUCACUUCUUGCCCACGCAAAAGAUGCCAACACAUUCUGGUCCAUUUUCAUUGCUGCAGCUGUUAUGGGCCUCGUGGUUAUUGGUCAGAGAUGGCGGCUAGAAAGGUGGCAGGUAUUGCAAAUGAAGUGGCAGUUUGGAGGCCAUGAUGAGAUAAUGAACAGGGCAUUUAUUAGUCCCAUAUCCCGAUUGAAAGAAGUGAUAAUUGGGAGUGGUCGUCGUGGUUCCUUUAUCCGAGGGAAUGCUUCAACACAACGUUAAGAUGAUGAUGACGAAAACAAACUUGUCUGUGUGCAAGUCAUAGCUUAGGUUUGCUUUCCAGUAUACCUAGUAUUUAUUUAUGUUUGAC